UAGCUCAAUAGGCACACCGUGCAGACACACAUACACAGGGUGAUGUGCAGAAGAAAUAACUGUAACUCCGUGUCUGGGUCACUGGGCGGUACAGUCCCGAAUCCUCUAUGGAGGGGCCAUAUCCGAAGAAGAACAAUCCUCGUGCUAUCUGUGGUUACGUCCGAGACUGGCAGGCAGGUGGAUUCCAUUCCACGUUCAGGCAACAUUGCGUAAGCUGGUUCGCGUUAAGUGUGCGCGUUACUUUAGUUAAGUGCGUCCGGACCCGUUUCUGAGACGAGCUGAGUUCAGGAUUACCGACCGCUGUGAUCUGAAAUUAUUCACUGGAUAUCCAGCCAAACGGGCCCUCAGAUGAAAAUGAAAUAUUUAUAUCUGGUCCUUUUGGGAUUCUGCGUGCACUUGCUGACCUUCUCCUUAGCAGAAGAUGUCGAGGUGGUUAAAGCAGUGCAAAACUCCGAAGAACCAGACAAGCCAGAACACAGAGAAGGAAAUGAUCAGAACUCAGACCAGUUGGCUCUUGAGACCGGAGAUCAGGAUCCCCCACCUCAAAACAUGGCCUACAACGGGCCUUCGAGGAACCAACUGAACCACCCUCCGAGAGGUCCACAAUCUGGCCAUUUCCCCUACAAACAGUUCCAGAAGAACAAACAGCCCAACUACGAGAACAAGAAUUCCUACAACGGUCCACCGCCGCCUCCACCUAAGCAAGCCAUGGACAAAUAUGGAUCUGGAGGUGACGACAUAUGGCCAGCUCCGAUCCCAGACAUGCCUAAGAUCAUCUCGCUGGACGUCAAGUGCGAGAAGAACCUAAUGAAGGUUUACAUCGGUUUCGAUAAACCUUUUUACGGAAUAGUCUUCAGUAAGGGUCACUACAGCAACGUGCAUUGCGUUCAUCUACCAGCAGGUUUGGGAAGGACUAACGCUCACUUCGAAAUCGGUAUACACGCCUGUGGUACUUCUGGGAACACCGAGAAUGGUUUGUACGGCUAUGGCGCGGAAUCUGGCUCCGGUACUUUCUUCGAGAACAUCAUUGUCAUCCAAUACGAUCCCCAAGUGCAAGAAGUGUGGGACCAAGCCAGGAAACUCAGGUGUACUUGGCAUGAUCAGUAUGAAAAAUCCGUAACCUUUAGGCCAUUCCCAGUGGAUAUGUUGGACGUUGUCAGAACUGAUUUCGCCGGCGAUAACGUUGGUUGUUGGAUGCAGAUCCAAGUAGGAAAAGGACCAUGGGCCUCUGAAGUCUCAGGGUUGGUGAAAAUCGGUCAAACCAUGACCAUGGUGUUGGCUAUCAAAGACGACGACGCUAAGUUCGAUAUGCUGGUCAGGAAUUGCAUGGCGCAUGAUGGUAAACGAGCACCAAUCCAACUGGUCGACCAGAGGGGUUGUGUAACGCGUCCCAAACUGAUGUCUAGGUUCACCAAGAUCAAGAACUUCGGUGCCAGCGCCACGGUACUCUCCUACGCCCAUUUCCAAGCCUUCAAAUUCCCAGAUUCCAUGGAGGUCCAUUUCCAAUGUACCAUACAGAUCUGUCGGUAUCAAUGCCCUGCCCAGUGUUCAGAUCCUCACGGAGGGCUAACUAAUAACGUAAUGGAUGUCGCAUAUGGACCACCACCUCCACCACCACUACCCAUAGAGGCUUACCUACACGGUGGUCAUCCAAGAGACGAGAGAAGAGUGCGUAGAGCUGUAGACCCCGAGAAAGAAAUCGGUCUUAACAGGGUAAUCAGAGUGGUCUCCACCGGAGAUUUAACAUUCUCCAUCGACGAGAACAGUACGUCAACCACAGAAUCCACCAUGGUCUUCCCGGCCAAGGAGGAGAUAACGAACGCUGGUCUGAUCUGUAUGACAGCGCCAGGUUUCGCCAUAACCUUGAUAAUCCUCUUGGUCAUCCUGCUGGUGUCCUGCUUGAUGUCAGCCUUUUUAUACAUGAAACUGAGGCCACCAUCGUCCAACAAAUUGUCCGGAGUCGUAGCAUACGGUCAGAACAAGAAAAUGAAGAAGCCGACCGUGAAAAGUUGCUUUUAUUCGUAGGAUCUAACGGUCGCAGACCGCUCAAAACAGUCACGCUUGGUUGUGAAAAUCUAGCUGUAUUUUCGUUGAAUUUUCAUCAAUGAGGUACAGAGAGUGUGACGUUUUGAUUGGUUUAAUAGGAGUUAUUAAUUAAUUAUACAUAGAUCCAACUUGAAAGCUUCAUCGGUGUGUUCGAGCCUUAAGACAUUAAUGCAGCUUUUAAUUUGGUCGAUUUUGACGAGUAAAUGUGAUGAGACAUUGUAUCCAAGUAUUCCUGUUAUUAAGGAAGUGUUUAGUUAGAGCUUAGGUUACCCAAAUAACUUGGGUUUGACUUUAGAGAUGUUCAAUGGAGCACAACGUGGCUUGUAUUGAGACAAAAAUUUUAAUAACGAUUAAGUGCCACUCUGUAGUGCUCCAUCGAAUAAAUUUUGAGAUACUCAGGAAUACCCUGAGUGUAUUAAUUGAUUGUACUCGAAAAGAAGGGUAGUCCUUCGAUAUUCAAGCGAUGUGUACAUACAAAAUUAAAAAUAGUGGCAAUGGACGGUUAUAGGUGAUUAGACUGUUAAGUUGUACUGUUAUGUAAUUUUCUUAAGGAUUAUUUAUUUAUUUAUACUACUUAUUUAUUUAAUUUAUUUUAGUCAAUACUCAGAACUCACCUCAUUUUACAAGCCAACAUAUGAAAUUACAGCGUACCUGUAUAGUAUUUAGAACAGUCCACAGAUUGUUUCAGUUUUUUUUGAUCAAAUUGCUACGUGCGUGUAUUUUUUUAUGAUUUGUCGAAUAAAUUGAAUGGAACAAUAUUUUUUGG